UUUGCCUUGAGCUCGGGCUGAAGAACAACGUGAAUCUGGCUCAUGGGGAUUUAGUGUCGUGACAUGCUCUCGGGACCCGGCGCCUCCACCAGGAAAUGGGACUCUCUGCAUUUAUGGUUACAUGAAUGUCAGCGCUGCAGGCCAGAUGCCGGUGAUGGAGGAGCUUGUCAGUGAGAGCGACAGCAUGCCAAAGCGGAUGGCCCUGAUCUGCUUCCUGUCUCUGGUCAUGCUGAUGAGCAUCCUGGGAAACCUGCUGGUCAUGGUGGCCGUCUGCAAGGACAGACAACUCAGGAAAAUCAAGACCAACUACUUCAUCGUGUCUCUGGCGUUCGCCGACUUGCUGGUGUCGGUGUUGGUGAUGCCGUUUGGUGCCAUUGAGCUGGUCCACCAGCACUGGAUCUACGGCGAGACCUUCUGCCUGGUCCGGACCUCGCUGGACGUCCUGCUGACCACCGCGUCCAUACUGCACCUCUGCUGCAUCGCCCUGGACAGGUACUACGCUAUCUGCUGCCAGCCGCUGGUCUACCGGAACAAAAUGACGCCCAUGCGAGUGGCUCUAAUGAUCGGCGGCUGCUGGGUUAUUCCCACCUUCAUCUCUUUCCUGCCCAUCAUGCAAGGCUGGAACAGCAUCGGCAUCAACCACCUGAUUGAGCAGCGGCGCCACAGCGAAGGCAGCAACUCCACAUCCUGUGUCUUCAUGGUCAACAAGCCAUACGCCCUCACCUGCUCUGUGGUGGCCUUCUACAUCCCUCUGGUCCUCAUGGUGCUGGCCUACCAGAGGAUCUACGUCACUGCCCGUGCACACGCCCUGCAGAUCAGCAUGCUGCAGCGGGCGGGGGGAGCCGGCACCAGCGCGCCUGACUCUGCUGACCAUCAGCGCAACCACCGCAUGCGGACAGAAACUAAGGCAGCAAAGACUCUGUGCAUCAUCAUGGGGUGUUUCUGCCUCUGCUGGGCGCCGUUCUUCGUCACCAAUGUGGUGGACCCCUUUAUAGACUACACAGUGCCAGACAAGCUGUGGGCGGCCUGCCUGUGGCUGGGCUACAUCAACUCCAUGCUGAACCCCAUCCUCUACGCCUUCCUCAACAAGUCCUUCCGCCGUGCCUUCCUCAUCAUCCUGUGCUGUGGGAGGAAGAGGUACCGCAGGCCGUCCAUCCUGGGGUCCGGCGCUCCCUGCACAGCCACGCAGAUCAACGGCUCCACACAUGUGCUCAAGUAUUCUGUCCUCCACAACGGGAACCACACGGAGCAGGAGAAGAAGUCUCUGCACACCGACACAGAGUCCCACGAGUCCUGCUUGUGACCAACAACGACUCCUCAGUCACAUCUCCAACGACCUCGGCUCUCAUACCGGCACCACAGAGUCGACGGAAACACGCCGCAGCCUCCACACAUCCGGAACUGAACUCCAAAACAGACGCUACAAAUCCAGCAGACCGGAGCCCUGAUGGCACUUUACAAAUCCAGGCGAGGAACGUGACUUUGAAAGGGGUGUAUCUGGUUUGAAAGUCCAGCCGAAACUCACGCUGUGGUCUUUAAAGGUGGCCGGGAUCAGGUGGACUGAACGAAACCAGUUCUCCAUCGUUCUGACGCUGUUUCUGUCACGCGGGUUUUCUGGUCUGCAGGCCCCCAGAGACUGAGCUGUCCAGUCGAACUGAACCAGAUCCAGAGAGCGACUGUGAUCCUGUCAGCAGACCCGCUGGUAGCCAUCUGUGAAGUUCAGCUUGUCUUGUGGAGGACAGCUUGGGUGGGAUGUGGAGGAGAAGUUCACAGUAUGAGAUGUGAUUAAUGGCUGGGAGUCGUGGAAGUGAAUUAUGUUGCCAAAGCUCUUUGAUAUUCCAUACAGAGGACCUACUUCUGAUUAUUAUAUGAUGCUCCCUGUUGUUUCCCAGUACAAAGUCAGAAAGAGUGAGCAUAGAUUUUAGAAGGGUGUCCCUUGCACAAUAGGUUGGCAAAAAUUAGCUUUUAAAACAAGAGUAUUUCCUUUGCUAAACAUCACAUGUUAAACGUCAUGUGUCUUCGCCUUAGACACAAAGCUGAAGAACCUGUUUGUCUCCCAGAUCGAAGCUUUCCAGCUUUGCUAAAUCCUCACUAAG